UCAGCUUCUUGCUCUCAGCGCGCACAGUCGUACGCAGUCUCGAAACAGUGAAGACUCUGAGAGAGUGUGAGAGGGAGCGAGAAGAGAGAGACGAGACGCACAACACACGCACUUGUUUCGGAGAGUGUGGGGGGCUUCUGAGUUGCGCGUGUGUGUGCGUGUUUGCGAGAGCAUCCAUUUCACGGAGAUUACAGUUGGAAGCGGAGGAGGCGGCGGCGGCUGCGCGCAUCUCCGAGGACCACGCUGCUGUUCCUCUCUUCAAGUCACUUUCCACGAACGGCUGAAGGGCGGAGAGACACUUUCCCCCUCCACCUCCGAUCCGAGCAUCCUCUCUGACAACUGCUCCCUUGACGGAAUAUCUUCAAGUUCACCCCCCCGUGUUCUGCAUUGUUUCCCCCCCUGGAAGUUGCGCAGCGGCAGCAAAAGAGAAAAUGGGAAUUUGUGGACGUUUGGCGCUGUCUGGGAGAUGCCUGGCGCUCCUCGGACUUAAAUUGUUAUUCCUUGUACCCGCAGGAGUUCCGGCCAGGAGCGGGGAUUCUGUAUUAAAGGACAACAUCACCGUGAGACAAGGAGACAGCGCCGUCUUGAAAUGUAACGUGGACAGCAAAGUAUCCAGAGUGGCAUGGCUCAAUCGGACCACCAUACUUUUCGCUGGGAAUGAAAAGUGGUCUCUGGAUCCUCGAGUCAUCCUCAUGGAAAACACGGCGGUGACAGAAUACAGCAUCAAGAUUCAAAACGUGGACGUUCACGACGAAGGACCCUACGUCUGCUCGAUCCUCACCAACAAGAAACCCAAAUCGACAAAGGUGCAUCUCAUCGUUCAAGUACCUGCCAGGAUCACAAACAUAUCCAGGGACGUCACAGUGAACGAGGGCCGCAAUGUCAAUCUCAUGUGUUUAGCGGUGGGUCGACCCGAGGCCAACAUCAUAUGGAAGCAUCACUCACCACGAGGAACUCAUAAAUUUGUGACGGAGGGGGAGCAUCUGCAGCUGACAGCCGUCACCAAAGAGCAGUCGGGUUCCUACGAGUGCAUCGCCUCCAACGACAUCUCGGUCCCUGAUGUCAGGACGGUGCAAGUCACUGUCAACUACCCCCCCUUCAUCUCCAAGGCCCGGAGUACAGGCACGCCACUUGGGCAAAAAGGAAUCCUGCAAUGCGAAGCCUCAGCUGUUCCCAGAGCAGAUUUUGAGUGGUACAAAGAAGACCGCAGGAUCUUCAACGGUAUCAAUGGAGUGAAGAUAGAGAACCAAGGUAAACAGUCGAUGCUGGUCUUCUUCAACGUUUCGGAGGAAGACUACGGAAACUACACUUGUGUCGCCAUGAACACGAUGGGAAUAACUAAUGCCAGCAUAAUACUAUAUGGCCCCGGAGCUAUGCAUGACGUGAACGGAGCAGCAGGACUUCCCCAACACUCUGUAUAUCCCCUUGUGACGCUAACUCUGCUGCAGCUGCUGAAGUUCUGAUGCGGCAACCUACAGGCUUCUCUCAACAACCAUGAUCAGCAAGAACAGACUUUUAAGUCCAACAAGAAAAAAAAAAAAAAAAACAA